GGAAACUUACGCAUUUUACGUAGCGCCAAGAAAAAGAGAAGCUGCGCUGGUCCAGUCUGUGGAGCUAAAGGAGAAAGAUACGACAUAAAACACCGAGUCAACAGAAUAUCUGACCCUGGAGACGACGAUAGGUCCCAGACACAGAGACAGAGACAGAGACACACAGACUGACACUGUCCCACUGAGUCCAGAGCCAGAGUCACUGACGUGCGUCACAACCGCAGCAGGUGCUGUAAGUAGCAAUGCCUGAAAAACAUGUCUUGCAAGAAAGAUAAUGAAGGAGAAGGAGGCCCACACCACACUGAGUUGUAUGGAUCUACUCCAAAAACAAGUCUCCCCAUUGUGUAUCACUCAGACUACAACAUCACAUUCAUGGGUCUGGAGAAGCUGCACCCUUUUGACGCUGGAAAAUGGGGCAAAGUUAUUCACUUUUUAAAAGAGGAACAGUUCAUCACUGAUGAGAACAUUGUGGAAGCUCGUGAAGCCUCUGAGCAGGACCUGCUGGUGACGCACACCAAACGCUACCUCAACAGACUCAAAUGGUCUCUUGUGGUAGCAACAAUCACAGAAAUCCCUCCACUUAUAUUUCUACCUAAUUUCCUGGUUCAGCGUAAGGUGUUGAAGCCUCUGCGGACACAGACAGGAGGGACUAUCAUGGCGGGAAAACUGGCUGUUGAACGAGGAUGGGCCAUAAACGUGGGAGGGGGGUUCCAUCAUUGCUCUGGAGAUCGAGGAGGGGGUUUCUGUGCCUACGCUGACAUCACUCUGGCCAUAAAGUUUCUGUUUGAGAGAGUUGAAGGCAUCUCCACGGCCACCAUCAUCGAUCUGGACGCUCAUCAGGGAAAUGGACACGAGCGGGACUUCCUGGAUGAUCAGCGCGUGUUCAUCAUGGACAUGUACAACCGCCACAUCUAUCCACGUGAUGCAUACGCCAAAAGAGCCAUAAAGAGGAGGGUGGAGCUGGACUGGGGCACUGAAGAUUCCGAGUAUCUUCAGAAAGUGGAGCUUCACUGUGACGGAGCCCUGAACGAGGUCCGGCCCGACGUCAUCGUCUACAACGCGGGCACGGACAUCCUGGACGGAGACCCUCUGGGAGGACUCUCCAUUUCACCACAUGGGAUCGUGAAGAGAGACGAGUUGGUGUUUCGAGCUGCGAGGAGGCGGGGCAUUCCCAUCCUCAUGGUGACCUCCGGAGGAUAUCAAAAGAAAACGGCACGCAUCAUCGCAGACUCCAUCCUCAACCUGCAUCACCAGGGUCUGAUCGGUCCAGAGAGGGAGGGCUUGUCCUCCGCGGCGACGAGUCUGACGUCGGGCCCCGGAUCCUCUGGCUCCGCACUCACGGCGAUUUAACUCGGGAUUUUAAUUUCUAUCGGCAGUGGUGAGAUUUGCAAAUCAGCGGGCCUCAUUCAGUCGCAAAGUUUAGAUUCGUUUUUAUUAACAAACAUAAUAAAAAUAACUGUUCAAACUCCAGGACUGUAUAUAGUUCACAUGUAACACGUUCAGACUAAACUGUGAGGACAUAACCAAACGUAGUGUCAGGGUUUACAGGCGACUAAUAUUUAUUCUGAGAUACGCCACUUUACUUUUCGGGUGGACUUUGCUGUUUUACGGUUUCUUUUCAGAUACAACAAAAGACAUAUUUUGACAAAAACGCUGUAAAAUGUACUUUAAGUGUGUAAUACCGGAUGUUGAAUGAAAUAGAAAAGAAAAUAUGACAUGAAAAAUGAGAAAACCGCUGUGGAAAAAACACUCCCGUCGUCACAAAAUGAUGAUGUAAUAACAGACAGACGUGACAAGCUUUGACAUUUUCCUUGUUUUAGAGAGAAAGAAAUAAAGGGAAUAACUGUUGGCACUUUACCAGAGUAUUGUUUAAUCUCAGGAAAUGAAUUUAUACUUAAACCUACUCAUGCCAUAGAUAAAAAGUGUGAAAUGUUUGUACUGAUACAUGAGAAUGAUUAUCCAAAUGUUAACGGUUUGAUUUUUGUUUAUUCUUAAUCAGCACUUGGCACUUAAACUUAAAACAGGUUAAAUAGUUUUAUUCUACCAGAUAAACCUGCGUGUUCUUUUUCUAAUGUUCAUGUUUACACGGCGUUUAUUCCGAGAUGAAACGUGAGGAUUCAGACGUUUGCGCGUUGUCGUCAUGUGGCCUCAGAUCAAUGCAGUCUCAUGUGUGUGCGUCGUGUAUGGAUCAGGAGUGUAGUGCUCUCACAGCGCGCGCUCUAAUGAUGUGCGCACAUGCAGCUGUGGUUACCGCACUCAUUGAUCACAUCGAUUUAAUGCAGCGGCUACAACACCGCAGCCUUCCACUUACGUAACACACUCUAACGUUAGUGCUUUGACUCGUGCCCGGUCGUCUGUGGGUAGAUGUGUGUGUUGUGAGGUGACUUGUGACGUCAAACUGGUUCAUUUUGGGGAAGAAAACAAGCCAAUCACACUAUUUUCAAUGUGCAUAACUGUGUGUAAUAAUUAAUAAAAGACAUUACACUUA